UAUCGUCAUCCUUCUGGGAAGGGGUUUUUCGUUUCUUCGCAUACCCAUUCAUUCGUUCUCGUCUGGUACUAGACUUCGUUUCUCUGUCGAUCGUUUCGUCUUUUUAUAAAUACAUACCGUCGCCUUAAUAUCACCAAUACCCCCAAACCACCACAAUGCGUGCCUCACUCCCUCUUGCCGCAGUCCUCGCCGGCACCGCCGCGGCCGCGCCGAAGAUCCCAUUCGUCACGUCGAGUACUGUGAUCCCCCUUCGCAAUGGUGUCGUCGUCAGCGCGCGCCAAAGUGCGCAAAAUGCGUGCUUCGUCAUCGGCAGCACAACCUUGCCUCAAGAGACCGCCGACAUCGUAGACGAUCUCGCGUCGACUGUAACAUGCGACAAGACUGCAACGACUAUUUCGGGUGUACCGGAUGUGACAUCCGGGUCGACGACUUUCUCGUCUAUCGACUUCAGCCAAUCGAAACAGACACCUCUCGAGUUCGCACUAUCUAAGUUUGCGACCGCUAGCCCUCUCGCCAACUCAGACCUGGCCACCUUCCAAGACCAAUUGAAUGUGUACCAGGCGACCGAGGCUGGCAUUCGCAGUGUUGGAGGUUCUUUGGCGAUCAAGGUGCCCAAGUUCUUCCUCGAGUUCCAGGUCAGCCGUAUCCAAACCGCACAGGGCAACCCGCCGACGGCUGCUGGUCUUCAGGUCGAUCACCUUCGCGACAAGGUAUUGAAGAAUGCUCCCAAGGAGUCCCAGGACCUACUCGACCAGGUCACUCAGCUCGCGACACAGUUGAAAUAGAGACGUAUAAUGGGAUGUAUGUUAAUGUAGUAGAUGAUUGCUUUUGCUAUUAGCGAGUUGUCAGUUCUAGCUAGUAUGAUUUGACGUUCAUCUAUAACG